AUGGCUCUCCAACAGCCGCUCAACCAGCAGUCCACUCUACCGCCGGCCCAGCCAGUGUACAUCCUGCGAGGCCACGCGGCUCAAAUCCACGCCGUGCACUUCCUGCCCGACAAUCUCCGCCUCCUGACGGGCGAUGCAGAGGGCUGGAUAGUGCUUUGGAGCCUCCCAAUCAGACGUCCGCUCGCGGUAUGGAAAGCGCACAAAGAACCCAUUCUCGGGUUGGGGAGUUGGGGCAACGACAAGAUCAUCACCCACGGCCGAGACAGCAAACUCUACGUCUGGCAGCUCCGAGCAGAAGACGAAGCGACCUUCUCCACCACCCUACCAAUCGACGAUGCCGUCUCCGAACGCAAACAGCCCUGGCUCAUCCACAGUCUCACGGUCAACACUCUCAACUUCUGCUCCUUCGCAAUGUGCGCCGACGGCACGCAGUCACACUCCACCGACAUCCUCAUCGCCACGCCCGGUGUCAGCGACGGCUCGACUAACAUCACCGCUCUCCCCAGCGAACAGCGCUUCGCCACAAUCCCAAGCCCUCCAGGCCUCAAAACAGGAAUGACAAUGGCGCUCGCUCUAACCUACACCGCCCAAAGAAGCAGCCUGCGUCUCCUCGCAGGCUACGAAAGCGGACACAUCGCAGUGUGGGAACGAGGACCAAACACGUCCACGACCCGCUGGACCGCAAUCUACACCACCAAACAGCACUCGCAACCAAUUCUAUCUCUAGCGCCUACACCAGAUGGCAGCUGCUUCUUCACAAGUUCCGCUGAUGCCAUCAUAGCCCGGUAUUCCAUGCCCGAAGCCGGAGGGGCGUGCGAGGAGAAAGUUCUGCAAACCAAGCACGCGGGCCAGCAGUCCAUCUCGGUGCGAUCGGAUGGGAAAAUCUUCUCGACGGCUGGCUGGGAUGGACGGAUUAGAGUGUACUCUGUCAAGACGCUGAAGGAGCUGGCGGUGCUGAAGUGGCACAAGGAGGGGUGCUAUGCGACUGCGUUUGCUAGAAUCCAUGAGUCUGCCGCAACAGACGAUGCGGGCGGUAAAGCGGAAGAGGAAGGCGACCUAGUCAAGCGCGAUCUCACCGUCUCCGAGCAACGCGUCGAGAAAGCGAGAAGAACACAUUGGUUGGCAGCAGGGAGCAAAGACGGCAAAGUGUCAUUGUGGGAUAUCUACUGA